CCCUCCCAGCCCGGAGGGAUGACGCGAACCCGGAAGGGGCCGGGCGGGCGUCGGACGCGCAGUGGCGGUUUGCUGGCCUGGGUUUCCGUAGUAGCCCGCGGAGUUUGAGUGUGAGGAGGUCCGCGGCGCGGCGGCCCCCGGCUUCACAGGUUCCCCGCCCUCCUGCACCGACGGGGCCGCGCUUCUCGCCGCCGCAGAAGUCAGAUGCCAGGAGGAAUGGCGCCCCUCAAGAAACCCCGGAAUCCCACCAAAUUGCCCCUGGCUUUAAACCCCACGAAGAGCAAGGACGUUUUGGCAGUGCUGGCCGAGAGGAACCAGGCCAUAGUACCAAUUGGGGCAUGGGUGGAACCUGCCUCACCAAAUUGCUCGGAAAUCCCAGCACAUACUUCAGCAUACAUGAUUGAAGAGGAAAUAAAGGAACGACAACGAAGAAAACAAGAAUCUUUGAAACAUUUUCAGAGGCAAGUCAAACGCCGGGUAAAUCAGCAAGUUAAGCUGCGGAAAAAGCACCAGCUUCAGAAGUCUUACAAAGCAGCAGAAAAGGAAGGCUCUAUAGCCAUGCGAUGUUCAGAUUCAGCACAUUUAACUCCUAAAAGGACAAGUGUUUUCCCCAGCAAUUUGAACACUGCUAUUGGAAGUUGUAGGUUACCUGCUUCCCAGGUGCUUGGGGAUGCAACAGAAGAUGGAGAGAAUCAGAAUCAGUUGUUUCAACAACAAGCUCAAGCUCUUAGUCAGACUAUGAAACAGGCACGUCACCAGCUGGCAUCCUUUAAAACUGUGAGUGAAAAAAAGACUUCAGUGUUUCUAAAUGGUAGAAGGAAAAGCUCUCCUACCCAAGAGAAAGCACUUCUUAGGAAACCAGCAUGCAUCAAGAUAAGUAAAGAAACAAGAGAAGAACCGCCCGGUAAGAUCCAUGAAGGCCCUUUAACUACAAUGCAUUACCACAACUUUAUGGAAAAUCAGGACCUUGACUGUGGGGAACUUUCAUCUGUUGCAACAGAUGAGGAGAGAGAAGAUUUGUUUGUGGGUUACCAGCAGGAUCUUCUUUCUGAAAACAAAGAAAAGACUCUCAGCAAAGUUCAGAAAGUAAAAUUCAAAAAUCCAUUAUUUGUUGUGAUAAAGGAAGAUGAACAAAAGCAAUUACAUCUUCACAGCCUUCAGGCUGUUCUUCCAGAAGCCCAGGAUUAUCUUGUAGAAGUUCAAGACAAUUGUCCAGGAUCCCAGAGUGAUGUGAUUGAUGUCCUUAAUGUUGAGCCCAAAGCUUUAAGUGUUGAGCCUGAAGUUCCAGGCACUGAGCCAAACACCCAGGCCACUAGAACCGAGUUGAAGACCACCCAGCCAGAAAGCCAGGCUCUCAGGACAGAACCUGGGGACAUUCUUGAAGCCCAGACUGUUGAGCUAGAUGGGAAUAUUGAAUUGGAAGCACAGGAUUUUCUACCGCCAAAUCAGGCCUUUCUAUCCAAAGACCAGGAUUUUCUGCCCAAAUGUCAAGACCAGGACUCUUUACACAAAGACCACCAUGAUCUCCCUAAAUACUGGAAUGUUCUACCUAAAUGUCAGAAUCAGCAUUUUCUACCAGUAGACCAGGAAUUUCUACCUAGAAACCAGCUUGGUUUACCUGAAGAACAGAGUCAUCCACUCAAAUAUCAGAACCAAGAUCUCCCACCUAAAGAACAGAGUUUCCUGCCCAGACACCAGUAUAUUUUACCUAUAUAUCAGGACAGAAGAGGUCUGCAUGUUCUUCCUAAAUGUCAGGACCAUGAUGUUCUUUCCCAAGACCAUAAUAAUCUGCACAAAUGCCAGGAACAGGAUCUUCCACUUCAAAACCAGGACAUGUUUCUCAAGCACCCCUCAACUUCGAUGAAAGAAGAGAGAGAGGAUGAGGAGUUACCUCUGGAGUGUCAUCAGUAUGCUCCACCUCAGAUCCAGGACCAAGUCUUCCUUAGAGAACAGUACAGGAGCUAUGAGCAGGCAUCAUGUGAUAUGACAGAUGAAAGAUGGAGAAAGGAGUUAUAUCCAGAGUGCUACGGAUGUGGUUUACAUGAAAUCCAGGAUUCAGGCUCUGCCAGCAAGCAGAGCUUACAUUUUAGGCAGCAGCCAUCUGUUAAUACAUCUGAAAAGUGGCAAGAGGAUUUACAUCUUGGUGGUCAUGAACAUCUUCUACCCAGAUACCAGAGAGACACAUGCAGCAGGCGACAGCAGGUGUUUGAGGAGUAUCGAUCAGGACUGAGCACUGAAUACCACGCUCUACUGGCAUUUCAGUCUGGAGUGGAUCAAGAAGAAGACAAGAAAGAGCGUCAAAAGCAAUACCUGAGACACAGGAGGCUUUUCAUGGAUAUUGAGAGAGAACAAGUGAAAGAACAAAACAGACAAAGGGAACAAAAGAAAAGAGUUGAAAAAAUUAAGAAAAGGAAAGAACAGCAGCGCUAUGCUGAAGAGCAGAGACUCCUAAGAAUGCACUGUCAUGAAGAACCUUAUUCAGAAGAGAAGAUAACUGAUGUUUUAGCCCAGUUACAACUUGAAGAAAUAAAAGGAGCCAGAGAAAAACAGCACCGGAGAGAAAAAGAAUAUGUAAGAUAUGUAGAAGCUUUACGAGCCCAGGUCCAGGAGAAAAUGAAGCUUUAUAAUAUCACUUUACCUCCAUUAUGCUGUUGUGGGCCUGAUUUCUGGGAUGCUCAUCCUGAUACCUGUGCCAACAAUUGUAUUUUCUAUAAAAACUACAGAGCAUAUAACCGGGCGUUACAUUCAGUCAUCAAUUCUUCUGAUAUCUCCGAGGGGAAUGCAACUCUUCGAAACGCCAUUCGUAAUUUUGCUUCUGUACAUAGACGGACUUCAAAAAAAAGUCUCCAAUGAGAGUCUGAAAUCAGUGCCAAUGACUGCUAAAGAAUGUCAACAGAAUGCUAUGUCACAUAGAAAACCACAAGACAACCUGAAGCUGUUGGGAGCCAUCACAGUGUCCUAGCCUCCCAGUGCAUACAUUGAACUACAGCCCUUCCAAAAGGCAUCUUCCCCAUGCCAAGCAAGGAGCAUCAAGAGUUUGUUUUGUUUAUUUUACAAAUUACAGAUAUGUACAGUUUUCAACUCAGGGUUUUCAGCCAAUAACCAUGCUAAUAUCACCUCACAAACUGAAAACAAAAUGCCAGAAACAUCUUUAAAUGCCCUAUCAUACCAAAGCAAAUUGCAGAGUAAGGAGAACACAAAAGUACCUUUUCAUUUUAAAAUGUUUGGAAACAUGUACAACUUUGUACAGUUACAGGAGCUCCAGAUACAUGUGUCCACUUCAAGUAAACCAGAGGCUUUGAGAAGCUGUGGGGUGACUGUGGUCAAAUUGUAAAUAAACCCAAUGAGGAGAGUAGACAGAGCCCAAAUACGAUGUGUGGGUCAUAGUACUCCCUCUCCGUGGCAUUUGCAAGGAGACACAUAAACACUUUUAGCUAAGAACGGUGGUACAUGCCUGUAAUCCCAGUACUGUGGGGAGGCUGAUGCAGGGUGAUCAGGAGUUUGAGGCCAACUGGCC